AUGUCAUAUAUAGAGAAACAAACGGAAUCAAGAAAACGAAGGCUAGAACAAUUACAGGCGAAGCUUAAGAAAGUGCCCCAUCAUACCAAUGAAAAGCAGACCAGUAUACCCGUAGAUGAUUCUUUGCAUAAUGUCACUGGGAAGGAGGCACCUAAUGCAACCAAAUCAAUUGAGAAACCAACAAUGGAAGAAGAUGGUGUAACAUACGAAGCACUGCCGAAGGAUCAAGAUAAUAUACUAAAUGAGGUGAAACGUGACGCUAUUAUGAUUGCUUCCAAACUUGAAAGUCCUGACGAAAAAAAUGACAGUUUUUUGCAUCGUCAUGAAGUGGAAAAAGUAAGUGCAACCAAAGAUCUUAAAUUAAAGUUACGUGAUCAACUAGAGAUACUCGAUCAACGGACAAAUGCUUCACUUAAGAGGAUAUUAAGGGAAAGGUUGAUGAAAGAAGGUCAAACGUAA